AUGGAGGAUGCAGCCAUUCAAAAGUUAUAUGAUGAAAUCGAAAAAGAAACACAUUCCAGUGAUUCUCACAGGAUUAAAGCCCUCGAAUUUGAACUACAACUAGAAAAAAGAAAAAGAGAAAUUGAGAAGCUUGAAAUUGAAGUGAUGUCACUCAAAAAUGCUUACGCAGCACAAAUCGAGGUUGAAGUGUUCUUGAACUCAAAGUUGAACAAUUUGGAAAAAGAAUUUAAAAAAGUGAAAAACAAUUUAUGGGUUAAAGAAUCUGUUAUUGAAGAUCUGAAGCAAGAAAAUGAAGAAUUGGAGAAUAACAAUCAAUCAUUUCUUAAGGAAAUUAAAGAACUUUCUAAGGAUAUCCAAGAUUUAAAUAACAGCCUCGCAAGUAAAGAGCUGAAGUUACAAGAAAUUAUAGAAAAAAAUGAUGAAGAAAAAGAAGCACUUGCUAAUAAAAUUAAAGAGCUAGUAAAUAAUAAAGAAAAACAAAACGAGGAACUACAACAGGAAAAUGAAAAUCUAUUGAGACAACUUGAAGAAACAAAAAACAAAGAACAUGAAAAAGAAGAACAAACGUUUUUCUUUAAAAACAAAGAAAACAACGAUUUAUUAAAACUUCAAAGUAAAUAA